AAUCAGCAUUAGUCUCCAACACAUUAUUCUCCUAACUCAUCCCUAACUUUAAUCCCCACUAUAAAAUCACAACACCAUUGACUCCAAAUUCCAUCACAAGCUACUUCCACACAAAAGCAAACCCUCUCUGAUAAAAGUUCCAAGAACACAAAACAAGUCAGCUACAAUGUCAAUCUCAACAGUCUCUCUCUGCCUAAUCUUUCUCACCUUCCUCACUUCCCCAUUUGUGCUCUGCUCUCGCAGCCCAAAAAUGGCAGUAGCAGCAUCAGCCGCAACAGACAAGACGCUCCAGAAAACACAUGUUCAUCCUCCAGCAUUGCAUCUUCCUGAAUCCACCAAGGUUGAUUCAACACCCUCCAUGGCCAAGAUUGAUGAUGAACCUGCAACAAACACUGCCAUGGCCGGUUUUUUCAGGUCUAAAUUCCCAUUCCAAGGCUGGCCUUUCCACAAGUAUGGUUCUUUCCCUAUGGUUAAGCCAGAAAAUCCUUCUGUUACUACAACACCGGCUACUGGAGCUGAUGAAGAGGAAUCUGAGAAGGUGCCUUCUUCACCAAGCAAAGGAAACAGAGAUGGUGGCAACGCAUGAUGAAAUGAAAGACAAGAAAUGUACUUUUUACUAAAAACCUUACUGUGUUUAAUGAAUGCUGAAUCUUUAUCCUAUAGUUUUACAUAAAAUGUAUCAAAUAAAUAUGCACCAUGUAAUGUAAUAUAA